CGCUCAACGACUCGGACACACAAACGCUACUUCCCCUCCACUUCGUCUUCGUCAGGCAAGCACAUCCGUUAAACUUUCAAAUCCGACAGCGUACGCACGCCAUCGCGGGUGGCUUUUCGAAAAUUCUCGGCGCAUACUUAUUCCCGGUGAAGUACGCGACUGUUGGACAUUCACGUACCUACCGUCUCUCGCGCAGACGAAGAACAAGAUGCCGCACAACAUCUACUACUCGGACAAGUACUACGACGAUCAGUACGAGUACAGGCAUGUUGUCUUGCCAAAAGAGCUGGUGAAACUAGUACCGAGAACUCAUCUGCUGUCCGAACAAGAAUGGAGGGCUAUCGGAGUGCAACAGAGUCAAGGAUGGGUGCAUUACAUGAUUCAUGAACCUGAGCCUCAUAUUCUCCUAUUCAAGAGAAAGAUAACACAGGAAGAGAAAUAAGCUGGAUGCAGAAUUACUAUGUCAAUUUGUAAAUAACACAGUCAUCAUGUUUACAUUCAUAGCGGGACUCAUUUGUGAUUGUAAACCAUGUAGCCUUUUUUUCUUUUUUGCCCUCAUUCUUGGUUUCUCUGUCAAUCUAAUAAUAUAAUUUAUGUUUUAAACACAAUAUUUACUCUUUAUAAAUUGGAAAUUUACUCUUUAUUAAUUUGUCACAUGAAGUAUUUCUAUACAAUUCCGCAAGGUAGUGUACAAUCUGGUCAUGGUAUCUGUCAUCUGUUUUACUUUGCUUUGCCGUUUGCAAGAAAAUGUCAAGCAAGUAUGCUGUAUAUAUGUCUAUAGUGACUUAGUUUUUAAUUUCAUUGUCAUUAAAUAUUCUUUUUCGUUUUUCAAUUUUUCGCCUUGGAACUUUCAAUAAACUUCACAACAUUGAAUGAAAGUGAAAAUAUUAAGAGGAAAGUAAUAAUUGGUAAAUAAAUAAUAAUUAGUUAUUUUUUAAAGUUGCAGUUAUAGGGCGACGUAAUAUUUAGACUAUUGUAUCAAGGAGAGUGGUAUCCUUGUUCUCUUGUGAUUGCAGUGCCUUACAGCAACUUUAUAUUCUUAAGAAUUUGGAUUAUAUUAAGGUAUUUAAAAUAAUCGUCUCUUGAGUCUGACAACAGUAUUAA